AUGGGCGAUAAUACGCCAGUUCGCUCGCAAGUUACCCGCAUACAAUUGUCGGCUGACCAAACCGAGUCUAAUACUCCAUCUGGAUCGCCACCUUUGCCUCCUGCUCGGUUAGACGUCUCCACCGUGUCCAUUGAGGACUCGCAUGUUGUUGAUAUUUCGUGCAACCAACAAGAUGUGAUUUCAUUUGAUAAGUUUAGCGCACUAACAGAUCAGAAACUCGAAGGUAUUAAAUAUAGUCUAAUUAACGAGAUUAAAACCAGAUUGCACACUAUUAAGUCGUCUUUGAUGAGCGACAUCACGUCUAGAAUGAAGGAUGAGUGUGCCUCAGUUACCCAGGCACUAAAAGACGACCUAAACCGGACAACGGAGUACCUGGUUGGUGAACAGAAGGACUUGCGGAAGGCGCUUGAGACUGCUGAGGAAAGGAUUGUGGCUUUAGAAAAAGAUAAACUGGAGUCCGAGUCCCUUUUUAAAAAUAUGCGUCGGCAGAUGGAUGCUCUUGACAAGGCGUCUCGAAGCCGUAAUUUGGAAAUACAGUGCAUACCGCAGAAGCGGAAUGAGAACUUGAUUUUUAUAUUUAAAUCAUUGUGCGACUUAAUUGGCCACCCCAUGUCAGAAGGCGAUAUCUCUUCAAUCAAGAGAGUAGCAUCGCUCAACCCUAACUCAGAACGCCCACGCAAUAUUAUUGGGGUUUUUAAUAGCGAGGUGUUUGAUAAUAGAUAUUUAGUAUACCGAAAGGAUCGCUACUCAUCUUGUUCAAGUAAACGAGAUGGCGGUGGAGUGCUCAUAGCUGUAAAAAAUAAUAUCCAUGCAAUUCGCCUAGAACAUUACGAGAGCGUGUAUGAAGAUUUAUGGAUAUCUGUAAAUCUGAACAAUUCUUCUCUGAAUGGCCUACUGAUAUGUGUUUGCUACUUGCCUCCAGACCUGACUAAAGAGGAUUUGAAUAGUUACUAUUGCCAUUUACAAGAUAUUGUACUUCACAAAGCGAACAAUAGGCAUGUCCUAAUAUUAGGUGAUUUCAACACGCACAAUCUCAGUUGGCUUGAGGUUAAUCCUAAUUCCUAUCAACCUAUUGACCCCUCUGACACCAAAGCACGUCUUCUCUCUGAAUCGGUUUAUCUGUGCAAUUUGUAUCAGUUUAACCAUAUAGCAAAUAUUAAUAAUCGACUUCUUGAUCUUGUCUUUUCUUCUUUUGACGCCAUUGAAGUUGUUGCUGCAGAACCACUAUCGCGCAUUGAUUUACAUCAUCCUCCACUUUUAAUACAACUCAAAUUAAAAAGUUAUGCACGUUCUAAUCUCAUGCGCAAUACAACAGCUCACUUUAAUUUCCUAAAAAGUAAUUAUUCUUGUAUUAAAUCUAGCUUGGCUGCGAUUGAUUGGUUCACUGUAUUAGGAAAUUUCGAAAACAUUGAUCUGUUAGUCAAAAAAUUUUACUCAAUUUUGCAUGAUAUUAAUGUCCAAUUUACCCCCUUAACAUAUACUAAACAAUCUGCUUUUCCCCAUUGGUACAAUAAAAGAAUUAAAAAAAUUGAUCAAAAAUAA